CCCAGGGCUCCCGUCGACUACAUCGGGACUGCCCUGCAGACAGGUCUAAGACCUUAUCUGCAUGGCAGGACAAUUAUUGAUGCAUUACUCUCCUGCAGGGGGUGUAGCCAGCACUCUCGUCUUCGAUAAUAAGACGCCCGCGCAAGCCCGUCUCAUCUCUCACCAGACAACAAUGCCAGACACCAAGGCUGAACUGGGAUCUACCUAUCUGGAGAGCACGGUCUUCGACCAGCCAGAAACUGACACGCCAUGGGAAUACUCGAUCGAGGCAGCCAAGGCGGCAAACGCCAGGGAGCACGAGAUGACCGUCACCCAGGCACUGAAACUCUUUCCCUGGGCCGUUGUCUGGUCACUGGUCCCCUCUAUCGCCAUCGUCAUGGAGGGUUACGAUACCAUCCUCAUCACUAGUUUCUUCGGCUAUCCGGCCUUCCGGAGGCAGUUCGGCGAGGAGCACCCCGGCCAGGGGUACCAGGUGGCCGGGUCCUGGCAGUCGGCCCUAGGGGCCGCGGGAAAUCUGGGGUGUAUGAUCGGUGCCCUGAUCAAUGGGUAUUUCAUUGAGCGGUGGGGCUUCAAGCGGGUUUUCCUGCUAGCCCAGGUCCUGAUGUGCGCUUUUAUCUUCAUCCCUUUCUUUGGCACUACCGCCGGGCUUCAGGUGGCGGGCCAGGUUCUCUGUGGACUCCCUUGGGGCAUGUUUGCGACCCUGGGUCCUGCGUACAGCUCGGAACUGUGUCCGAUGGUACUCCGCCCGUAUCUGACGGCGUUUGUCAACGUCUCCUUCGUCAUGGGCCAGCUGGUCAGCGCAGGAGUGCUCCAAGGUCUGAUUGACUUGAACGAUCAAUGGUCAUACCGCAUCCCCUUCGCCCUGCAGUGGAUGUGGCCGGUCCCGUUAUUCAUCUUUGGCUGCUUCAUGCCCGAGUCCCCGUGGUGGCACGUCCGACGGGGCCAGUACGAUGCCGCAGCAAAGAUUGUCAACCGGCUGCUGGCUGCACCUGACACCGAAACCGCCCAUCAGACGGUUGCGAUGAUGGUUCACACCAACAACCUAGAGCAAGAGAUCAAGGAGGGCUCGUACCUGGACUGCUUCCGCGGGCCCAACGCCCGUCGCACGGAGAUCGCCUGCAUGGCGCUGGCCGGACAGGUGUUUUCUGGGCUGUCGUUUGCGUACUCGCCCACCUACUUCUUCGAGCAGGCGGGCAUGGGCGACGACGAGUCGUACAAGCUUGGCCUCGGCGGCGCGGGCCUUGCCUUUGUAGGCACGACCGUCUCCGCGCUGGCAAUGCAUCGCCUGGGCCGCCGCAGUAUGUAUGUUGGGGGCAUGGCGUUGAUGAGUGUUUAUCUGCUGGUCGUGGGGGGUUUAACCCCGGCGACGAGGGCUCAUCCCAGCAGCACGGCGGUCCACUGGGUCCAGUCUGUGCUUUGCAUCAUCUGGAUCUUCACCUUCUCUUUGACAGUUGGACCCAUCGCAUGGGUGAUUCCGCCCGAGGUCUCAUCCACGCGGCUGCGGUCGAAGACGGUGGUGCUGGCCCGGAACUCCUACUACAUUGCGUGCGUGGUGGCCAAUGGGCUGGAGCCAUUGAUGAUGAACCCCACGGCGUGGGAUUGGCGGGGAUACACGGGAUUCUUGUGGUUUGGAACAGCUUUCCUGACGUUUGUGUGGAGCUACUUCCGACUGCCAGAGACCAAGGGACGCACGUAUGAGGAAUUGGAGGUGAUGUUUGGGCGAGAAGUGCCGACGCAUGAGUUUGGCACGUAUGCAGUCGAUGCUUACUACGACGACCGCCAACUGGCAAGGCGG